UCAAAAUUGGACAACAACCCUCUCCUUAAAACUGGUUUCAGUAAUUGACACCUUUUUCGAAGAAAAACUUUGCAAAACUGAGAGAUAUUCGUUUUCUUAAGUGAAAUUAAGUACAGAAUCGGCGGUUAAGGAUGGGCUCUGAAACAUUUUCUUACACCAUGGAAGCUCGAAAGUGUAGCAGCAGUUUGCAGGCGGCAGUCUAAGAGGAUGCUGCGCUUCCUAGCUACCAACAAGAGUAAAGCUGUGAAGAAUGGGUGGUGCUGGUGUUGGCAGAAAUGUCAGAGAGCUAGCUAGACUAGUUAUAUUAGUUGAGGGGGAAAGGCAUUCAAACAUUUUUCUCAGAGUUUGAGAAAUUGUUUGUGUGGAAUUUGGAGGACAUUUUGAUAGUAAACUAUACAGUAUUAAAAAAGAACCAAGAAGCCGAUGGACUGCAGAGAAAAAGUGCUGUGUGGGACUGGGGAGGUGGAGCUGGACCCAAACAUUGUCAGUGAGGAGGCAGGAAAACUUUAUGCAGAACUUCAAACUGUUAUUGAGACCUAUGGGGAAGGUGUGGUGGAGUCCCUGGUGCCCACAUUCGUGUGGGUCCUGGAGGGGCUGGCCAACUGUAAAAACCAGCUGAGGGAAAGGGAGGAGGAGGCAGAGAGGGAGAAAGCCGAGCGAGAGGAGCUGCUGGAGAGAUACCAAGCAGAGAAAGCUCUGAGGAAAGAAAGUCAGGAGAAAUAUCUAGAAUUGGAUGACCAGUUCGAACAAGAGAGGAGAGCCAUGAGGGGGAGGGAGAAGGAGAGGGAGAUGCGAGAGAGAGCUCUGGAGAAGAAGGCAAGACAGCAGGCUGAUCAAGUGGUGGCCUUGGAGGAGCAAAAGGCAAACCUUUCUAGAGAGCUGAGUACACUGAGAAAUGCUCACAACAAGGUCAGAUACUCUUUUGCAGCCCAUACUGCUAUUCAGUCAAAUGGGGUUAGAAAUAAUGGUGUGCCACAUUUUUUCAGAGUCUUAUAUGUAUAUUCAUAUCCAUUGUUUGCGCUCUGAGCUGGUUGUAGCUAACUGUUGUUUCUUGCUGUUUUGUCUCAGAUUGUUCAGAGACCACAUUCAAACUCUGGCCCACCUGUUCUUGAAGCUUUAGUGACUAAGGAAGAAAAAGUAAUUGAUUUUACUGUAAAACCUGCUACGGAUCAGUUUGUCAUCGACAUAAUAAGCUCAACACCUGAGCUGACACAGUUUCACGGCUGUGUAAAAGCAAGCACCCCUGCAAAAUCUCAAACCGACGAGACUCUGAAAGAUGAAGUAGAGAGGAGCCUGGUGGAUGAGAUGGGGAACCUGGAUGAGCUUCAGGUGGUAGAGAUAAAGAGAGAAGAAAAGGAGGAAAAGAACCAGGAGGAGGAGGAAAAAGGGGACGAGAUGGAUGAGGAGGACAGCGUGGAGUGGGACCUCCGCAACACAGACUCUGUGUUCUCCGAACUGUCAGAACUGAGUCGAGAUUAUUUAGAGAGCGUUGACCAAGGCGCCAGCAUUAGAGGCAGUGGCGAUCAGUUUGAGGAGAUUCUUUUCCAGUUUGAGGAAUUGAAAGUCCUCUAUGAGUCAGUUGAAGCUGCUCGUAAGGCUCUGAUAUCCCGGGUGGUCGAGCUGACUGACGAUCGCUCUGCCCUCAACCUGGAAGUGGCGACACUUCAGGAAACGGUGGCACAUGUGGAGGGACGGCUGAAGGAGAAGGAGGAGGAAAUCAGGAGACUCAGGACAGAGCUGGACAGGUGCCAGCCUGAGGAUGCUGAUGCUAGUGUGCCCACAUCCAUGCGUCCCUUCUCUCGCUCCGAAAUGGCCCGUGUGGUCAUGGAGAAGAACCAGUAUAAGCAGCGUCUGUUUGAGCUACAGGAGGCUCUGAGACACAGUCAGACAAUCAGAGCAACAAAAGUGGAGAAGCUUACAGAGGAGAGAAGAUCCAGUGUUUGGAAAAAGUUCAACCGCUUGUUUGGCCUCACCAAGCAGCCACUGGUACCUCCUCCCACUUCUAAAUUUGUCCAACCAGCUUCCUCGUCACUUAACCGCUCCCCUCUGGGGUCUCCACUGCUACCAACCAUUAACAAAACCCAGGCUGAAUCCACUGCUCCUGCUGGUGUUUCACCACGUGCGCGAAGGAGGGAACUGUACAGAGACAUCCGCUCCAACGUUUGGGAAAGCCUAGGAAAGCGGCACAUACACGGCUGGAGCUUGCCACUGGCAAACACUAGGGAGUCAGGUGAGCCUGUAUCAGAGCCUAAAGAUGUACCUGUUCUGAUCCAACUCAGACUCUUGGACCAAAGAGACUCCACCGCUAAGCUCAAUUGCGCUGUUGCAGUCACUCCUGAUAUCUCUGGAGAAGCCACAUGUUCUGUUUGGGUUGUUUCGGGUCCUGCAUCCUGCAGUGAAAUCACAGUGAUUGACCCAGCACGGUCCAACACAGUACUGGACCAUUUCAGCCUCCCUCCCACUGCCCCCGUCCUCUGCAUCUGUGCCGUGCCCCCCAUAGAAGACACAGCAGGAACUGUGUGGAUUGGAACACAGGAAGGAAGUAUCCAAAUAUAUCUUGCUUCGGCAAACCGAAGGCGCUGUGUACAAACUGUGUCUCUCUUAGAGGGUGUAUAUUCACUCACGUUCUCCAACAAUCAGGUUAUUGCCGGAUUAGCUGAUGGUAGUCUGGCAUUUUUUUCUCAAACUGCAGAUGGAUGGAAUCUGCAACCUCACUCUGUGAUGCCUCUUGGAGCAAAUCCUCUGCAGCCCAUCCGCUGCUGCCUCGCAAAAGGUGCUCGUCUAUGGGUUGGAUACUGGAAUAAAGUCCAUAUUGUAGACACUGAAAAUAAGAAAGUAGAGCAAGUCUUUUCCGUAUCAGAGUGCAUGGAACAGCAGGUGCGUUUCCUGUGUGCUGGGGGGAGUGGAGUUUGGACGUCCUGCAGACUUGACCCAGUUAUAAGACUGUUUGAUUGGUCAACUGGACGGCCACUGCAAGAAGUUGACUUUACAUCUUUGGUUACUAAAACAUUAGGCCAGUCCUACUUGACACUCUCACCACUCCAGAUUUCCUCCCUCUCCAUCAUCUCUGGUCGUCUCUGGGUGGGCACCGGGGGCGGUGCCAUUUUCUCCAUCCCCCUGUCAAUAACAUCAGAGGAAGUUUCCAUCCCGUACUGUUCCACUGCAUCAGCCCAGCUCUCUUACCAUGGACACAGACAAGCUGUCCAAUUCAUCAUUCCUGCACCUGGCUGUUUGAUCACCUCUCCUGACAGCAGCCAUGUAACUACUGCUCUGCACAUCCUCAGUGGAGGGGAGGGCUACAUUAAUUUCCGAAUUGGAGAUGAUGCAAGCGAUGAAUCGAAUGAGGUGUCUCAGACGACACCACAGCGGUCUGAACGUAGUCACAUGAUCAUCUGGCAGAUUCCAACCCCCUCAGUGCCCAGCCCUGCUCUCUGACUGUUCAGCUCACAAAUCGCCGUUUGAUGGAUGAGGUGAAAGAGACAUUUACAGUACCAGAAGGGACAAUAGUGGAACUAAAUGAACAAAAAUCCAACUGUGGCAACAAUAAAAGGAUGUUUUCAGAUACGUAUUCUAUAUUUUUACAUCCUAUACCUUGCUUGUUUCCUUUGCUUUGAUUAUUGUGUUUGCCUCUAUAUGUUUUUUUUUCGUUAUGGUCAGUUAUCAGCUUAAUAUGUUGUAUCCAUCUGAUGGACUUUUGCACAAACAAUGAUCCUGCAGAUCUUUGGUUUUCUUCAUCAGAGAAAAAUCCUCCAUCUGUUGAUGAUCACGCUGAACUUGAUGUGGUUGCUGUUAAAGGUGCUGUCUUCAUAACUUUAACAACAUACUGGAAACGGGUUUACUUCUUUAAGCACAAAGACAAUCAAUUCAUACUAUUUUAGAUGCUGCAUUCAAACUGGGGAUUUAAAGUACGGUGUCUAUUCUACAUGUGAUGGAAUUAGUAUUAGCUUUAAUCCCAGUACUCUUAGGUUUUCCUGCAGUGGUUCAAACCUGCACAAAACCUAAUAAAUGUCUCUGUAAAAUGUCUUUUUGAAUCUCUUCUCAAAAAUUAUUUAUUUAUCUUAGAUUUUUGCCUAAUAAUAAAAAUGUGUAAUGUCUAAAAGUUUCUCUUAAAUCAGGAAGAGAUACUCUUUAAUGUUUAUGUAUAGUAUUCAUGUGGCAUUACAAGUUUGAGCAAGUGUGUCAGUCACAGAGGCCUCUUACUUUUCUUGGAAAGACUUAAGUUUGUGUUCUCAAUAAACCUUAUACAGAU